AUAAUAUAUAUUGUAUUAAAAAUGUCGGAACCAAAAUGUAAAAUUGACCUUUUUUGUAAUGUUUGUGGACGUUUCAUAGCAAGCGAUGAAAAAUGUGGCAAUGCGAGUGAUUGUUUUUAGGAAGCCUAUAAACAAUAUUUCUUGCAAGAGUUUAUCACUGACGUAAACUAUGCCCCUAAAAAAUUUUGCUUUAAUUGCUAUUCAAGUGUUAUGCAAUGGAAAAGUGAAAGGAAGAAGGCUAUGCCUUUUGGUAUACCAAUGAUGUGGUUAGACAACAGCCCGCAUCAACAAGAAAAUUGCUAUGGAUGUAUCAACUACCAUAAAACUUUGAAUAGAAGGAAAGCAAAGAAUAAAACUUAUGUAGCAGUGCCAAGUGUCCAAUUACCAUUACCGCACUCAGAAUUCGUUCCAGUACCAACAUACCGAAGUAUUGAUCUUCAAACAGAUAUCAGUACUACAACCGCCGCUGCUAUAUCCAUGCAUUUCUUCUCAGAAUACGACCCUGGUGAAGGUACAUCCUAUGAACAAUCUGUUGCAAACAUGUUGGCAGCUUUCGAUGAAAUUGGGGUUAAUAUGUCGUACAAAAUCAGGGACCGAUCAUAACAGUUAUUGAUGAAAUCUGUCAUGGAAAAAUUCACUAUGAAGGAAAUG